CCUACGUCACUGCUGGAGGACACGCCCACCAGGAUUUCUUUUUACUACAUUUCCGGAAAGUUUUCUUGCUGCUGCUGCCUCACCUCUUAUCCAGGGGUUGUCUGAAAAGGUUGACAGGUUUAGAAAAGUUGACAGAAGAUGAGUGAAAUCAAGCCGAGCGAAGCUCCGACUGUAGACGGCGGAGAGGAGAAGGACUGGGCUGCGGCCAAAGCCUUUUUUGACAACCUCAAAACAAACAAACCGAGACCUCCUAAACCCCGUUUUGCUGUCACCAUCGCCGUCUCCUCGCGCACCCUCUUCAACAUGGUGGCAGAGAGGAAGAUCUAUGAGGAAGAAGGGGUGGAGAAGUACGUGGCUCAUCAGGUGGAGCACGAAAGCGAGCCUCUGAAGCCAGGAGCUGCUUUUCCUUUCGUCAAGGCCCUGAUGACUGUCAACUCUCGAUUGAGGGAGCUCUACCCAGACAGCGAGGAGCUGUUUGACAUCGUCCUGAUGACUAACAACCAUGCCCAAGUUGGAGUGCGCCUCAUUAACAGCAUUAAUCACUACGACUUGACCAUAGAGAGAUUCUGUAUGACAGGAGGGAAAAGUCCUAUAGGCUACCUGAAGGCCUACAUGACAAACCUGUACCUCUCCAAGGACUCGGAGAAAGUCACAGAGGCCAUAGAGGAAGGCAUUGCUGCAGCUACAAUGUUUAUGCCAGAAACAGAGAAUGAAUUGAGCGACACUCAGCUGAGAGUGGCGUUUGAUGGCGACGCCGUCCUCUUCUCAGACGAGUCAGAGAUCAUCGUGAAGCAACACGGCCUGGACACCUUCUUUGAGCACGAGAAGGAGUUCGAGAACAAACCUCUCGCUCAGGGCCCAUUAAAGUGUUUCCUGGAGGCUCUGGGGAAGCUCCAGAGAAAAUUCUAUGCCAAGAACGAGCGCCUGAACUGCCCCAUCCGAACUUUCCUGGUCACGGCCCGCAGUGCUGCGAGCUCUGGGGCUCGUGUCCUGAAGACUCUGCGCAGCUGGGGCCUGGAGAUCGACGAGGCUCUCUUCCUGGCCGGGGCUCCCAAAGGGCCCCUGCUGCAGAAAAUAAAACCCCACAUCUUCUUCGACGACCAGAUGUUUCACAUUGAGGGUGCCCAAGAACUGGGAACCAUAUCUGCACACGUCCCCUACGGGAUCGGACAGAAGUACCACAGGGGGAAACUCAUCGAGCAGCCUGAAAAAAAGGAGUAACUUAAAAAUAGUUAUAUCACUUAAGAUGCACUACGUUCAUUUCAUCCAAAAAAACAACAGCACUGUUGUGGAAAAAGAAAUAACAGCAACUAUGAAAGGAUAUGGGUAAUGAAUUGGUAAUGCAGUCGACACAUUUUUCUACUUUUUGGGGGUUUCAUAAAAUAUUUUUCUGCAGUAUUCUUUUGUAUUCUUUGAGAUAAACUGGUUUACAUGUCUUGGGGAGUACUCCUGCUUAUGUGAAAUAAAUAAGUGGUAGAAAGCCUUUGGUGGCUCCAGAGGAAGCUGCAUGUAAUCUGAUACAUUUCCACCAGUGAUGUCACUCAGUGGCUAUAUUGCAUUGUGGGGAAUGUAGGCGGCAGGUUUUGAAAAAAGAUUUCUCUGGUUCACUGUUGGACUAUCCAGAAUGAGUCCAACAGUGUCAUAGGAGUGCAAUGCUAGACCAGUGGACUGCUUUUCAAAACCGGAUUUUUCACAUAUGCAGUUGUACUCCCCAAGACCUGUAAACACACUCCUGUAAUGUGUAAAAUUGGUGGAUUUACCCUUUUUAAUACUGUUUUGUACCAGAUUUAUCCUUUGCCUUUAACCUCAAUCUGUGUACCACUUUUUAAAGUUUUACAUUGGCCUUAAUGCAAUUUUCUCUACACUUUUAUACUAUAAAUACAUAUUUAUUAUGUAACGCGGUUCUUGGCAUGUCCAAGGUGGAAGAAUGUAUCUACUCUCUCUCACUCUUUUUCUAUCUCUUUCAUGGACUUAAGAAUCACCAGCCAUUUAAAAAUGCCAAUUCCAAGAAAAGAUUUCUAGCAUUUUGGUGUCUGGCAUUACUUUUGCACAUUUACUAACACAUAUUAAUAUGUGUUUUAAAGGGAUAUCUAACAGGGUGGAAUGUGACUUGCAUCCCAUUUUGGUCACUGCUGUAUUUGUACACACAAUAUAUAAAACAUAGGCUUUAUAUUCCUCAAACUUUAAUACUCACGAUCUGUUACUUCAUGUGUUUACAUGGGAUCUGGAUUUCAGGCAGCACACUGUAUCUCCACUUUCAUGCUGUGUUUUUAUAUAGGACCAUCUACAUAUGUUGUAUAUGUUUGCAGACUGCAUUUUACAUAAGCCUGGAGGAGUCACAAUUACACUUGUUUGUAUAUGUUCGUAUCAUGCAAGUAAUGUUGUGCCUUGAUUGUACUGAAAGUACAAUUUGAAGUACUUGUACUUGAUUAUUUCCAUGUUAUGCUUCUUUGUACUUCAAAUAUCAUGCUUCUACUUCACUAGAUUAAUGUGUCUUUUGUGAAACUUUGUGGAAAAGAAAAGAAAAACACUCAAUGAGCUGAUAAAAUCCAAUGGUAACAUCCCCAAACCUCUCUACAGUUGUGUCCAGAGCAAAUAAAGAUUUUUCAUCUACACCCAAGAU